ACUGAGUCCAGUCAUCACUGCAAUCUCAAUCUGCAAAAGAGAAGGAGAAGGAAAAUUGUAGUCUGAUGAAACUUAAAAAGGACUGUCCACCGAACGAGGAGGCGAAGACCACGCCCGACUCCUACGAUUUCCGCCCAUUCUUUCUUCAAUCCUCAUCUUCUUCUAGGUAUAGUUCCUCUAAUUCUAGCCAUUUUUCGAAUCUUUUUUGCACCUUUGCCGCUCGCUCAAAUUUCUCUGUGCAGUUUCAAUUUCAUUAUCAGAGGAUAAAUUCGAAUAUCUCAACUCAAAUUUCUCAAUUUCAUUGUGUCUAACAUGAUCCAGCUGUGAAAUUUCACAACUAUACUAAGCUCUCUUUGAGCGUUUCUUCUUGGUUACCGUGAAAAUUGGGGGAAAAUAUAAGGAGAGCAGAAAUUUUCAUCAGACAGAGAGAGAGAGACAAAAAAAAAAGAGUAGUAAUGGGCGAUGUUGAGACUCUUGAUUUGAUUAGUGAUCUGCCUCAAAGCAUUGUAGAAAUCAUUCUCACUCUAUUACCCAUAAGAGAUGCUGUGAGAACAAGCAUCCUGUCCACUAAAUGGAGGUACCGAUGGGCUACCCUUACUCAUCUUGUUUUCGAUGACACAUGUGUUGCAAUGUGUAAUGAUAAAGGGCUUAUUGAGAACAACCUAAUCAAAUUUAUCACUCGGGCACUCUUUCUUCACCAAGGACCCAUUCACAAGUUCCAGCUUUCCACUUCGUAUUUGCAGUGUUGCCCGGAUAUUGAUCAGUGGAUACUUUUCCUUUCGCGGUCUGAUAUUAAAGAAUUGGUUCUUGAAUUAGGAGAAGGGGAGUGGUUUAGGGUGCCUUCAUGUCUUUUCAAUUGUAAGAAGUUGACCCGUUUGGAGUUAACUCGUUGUGAAUUUGAUCCGCCUCCUGGUUUUAAGGGAUUCCCAUGUUUGAAGAGUCUCAGUCUUUGUCAAGUUUUGAUUGCUGCUGAGGCUAUUGAGAGUCUUAUUUCUGGUUGUCCUCUUCUUGAGAUUCUUUCAUUGUCUUAUUUUGAUAGUUUAGUUCUAAACAUUCGUGCUCCGAAUCUAAAGUACUUGUGUUUGGAGGGCGAAAUUAAGGAUAUUUGUCUUGAAAGCACGCCACUUUUAGUUGCCAUGUCAGUUGCUAUGUACCUUACUGAUGACAUUGCUGAACACUUGGAGCAAAGUUCAAGUUGCAAUUUUAUCAAGUUUCUUGGUGGUGUGCCUCGCCUCGAGAGCCUCAUCGGGCAUAUCUAUUUCACGAAGUAUUUGAGUAUAGGUGAUUAUCCAGGAAGAUUUCCAAUUACUUAUAGCUACCUGAAAACGGUCGAAUUAUAUCAAGUUAGUUUUGAAGAUAUGAAAGAGAUACUUGUUGUUCUUCGCCUGAUCACAAACUCUCCCAACUUGAAGGAACUUCAGAUUUCGGGCUCCUCAAAUACAUUGGUUGCUAUGGAAGCACCUGAUUUGGAUUUUUGGAUCAAAGAGUGCCCCAAAGGUUGUACCUUUGAAAAACUUAAAAUUGUAAAGAUGACAGAUAUGUCUGGCGUGCCGCAUGAGAUGGAAUUCAUCAAAUUUUUGCUUGCAAAUUCACCUGUGCUGGAGAUGAUGACUAUUGCACCUUGUGUAUAUGUCAUUGAUGGAAGACUGAGUAUGCUGAUUGAAUUGUUGAGGUUUCGUCGGGCAUCUGCUCAAGCAGAAAUUUUAUUUAUCAGAGAUUAAGAAUUGUGUAUGCCUUGCAAAGUUACUCCUCUCCCAUUGUUGUUCCUUUAUUCUUUGUUUUGGAUAUAUGCUUCCAGUUGCAUUCUUUUUGCUAUAAGAUGAUUAUGGAAUGAGAAGAACACUAAUAACGCUACUGAUUAUGGACACACAAAUAAAUCAGAUAUUCAUCCUUUAGCCA